GGCGCAAUUGCUUAUACAUAAGAAACUCUUGUAACACACUAAAGACUAGCUAAUCAUUUCAUUAUACUAUAAAGUUUAUCUUUGACCUAUUCAAUAGAAAUACUGAAAUAUAUGUAACAUAUAUAUAUUAUCCUAAGUUUCAAAGCAAGCUAACAAUUUCUCAUCAUCUUCCUAUCUUGUCAUUGAACUUUGCACACACAUGAACUCAUUCACAAGCACACAUUAUCAAACCAAAAAAAACCAACACACAUAGAUGACAACAUCAUCAUCAUACAUGAAACAUCAUACAUUUCACUUUGUUCUGACUUUAUUGUUCAUCUUAUUAAACCAUACAAAUUCUCAAUCUCAUUCUAAUCAAUAUAAUCAAGAACAUAAAGUCCUAUUAAAUAUUAAACAAUACUUUCAAAACCCUUCUUUCCUUAACCAUUGGACAUCAAAUUCCAAUCAUUGUUUUUGGAAUGAAAUCAUUUGCACAAAUGAUGAUUUUGUUACUGGAAUCACUCUUUCACACAAGAACAUCACAAAAACAAUACCACCCUUUAUUUGUAAUGAACUCAAAAACCUAACACAUGUUGAUUUCAGUUCCAAUUUUAUCCCUGGUGAUUUUCCAACACUUUUUUAUAAUUGUUCAAAGCUUGUUUCUUUAGACCUUUCUUUGAACAAUUUUGAUGGUAAAAUUCCUAAUGAUAUUGGAAAUUUGAGUCCUAGUUUGCAAUAUCUUAACCUUAGUUCAACAAAUUUUCAUGGUGGUGUUCCUGAUGGGAUUGGAAAGUUGAAGGAAUUGAAAGAAUUUAGAAUUCAAUUUUGUUUAUUGAAUGAUACUGUUUCUGAUGAGAUUGGUGAAUUGUUGAAUCUUGAGUAUUUGGAUUUGUCUUAUAAUACUAUGUUUCCUUCAUGGAAAUUGCCAUUGAGUUUGACCAAGUUGAACAAAUUGAAGGUUUUUAAUGUUUAUAGCUGUAACUUGUUUGGUGAAAUGCCUGAAAGAAUUGGAGAUAUGGUUUCUUUGGUGAGAUUGGAUAUGUCAGAUAAUGGCUUAACUGGUGAAAUUCCUAGUGGUUUGUUCUUGUUGAAGAAUUUGAGUAUACUUUUUCUUAACAGGAACAAUCUCUCUGGAGAGAUACCUAGUUUGGUUGAAUCAUUGAAUUUGACUAAACUUGAUCUUGCAAUCAACAAUCUUGUAGGGAAAAUACCAGAAGAUUUAGGAAAGCUUCAAAACUUAACAUGGUUGAGUUUGUCUAUGAAUAGUUUAUCAGGUGUCAUACCAGAAAGUUUAGGUCUUGUUCCGUCUCUUACUGAUUUUCGUGUGUUUUCGAACAAUUUAUCAGGUACAAUUCCUCCUAAACUCGGUCUCAGUUCAAAGCUCAAAACCUUUCAUGUUUCAUCUAACAGUCUUGUUGGAAAGUUACCUGAGAAUUUAUGCUAUUAUGGCGAGUUACUUAACCUGACAGCUUAUGAAAAUAGUCUUAGUGGAGAGUUACCAAAAUCACUAGGAAAUUGUAGUAGCUUGUUGGAAUUGAAAAUUUACAAAAAUGAAUUCUCUGGUAUUAUUCCUAGUGGUCUUUGGACAUCAUUCAAUUUAUCAUACUUCAUGGUAAAUACUAAUAAAUUCAAUGGUGUGAUUCCAGAAAAUUUGUCUUCGAACAUUUCAUGGUUCGCGAUAAGUAACAAUCAAUUUUCUGGUAGAAUUCCAUCUGGAGUAUCUUCAUGGACUAAUGUGGUAGUCUUUGAUGCAAGUAACAACUUCUUAAAUGGAAGUAUUCCACAAGAGUUAACAUCUCUUCCAAAAUUAACAACUCUUUUGCUUGAUCAGAAUCAGCUCAAUGGUCCACUUCCAUCAGAUAUAGUAUCAUGGAAGUCCUUAGUAACUCUUGAUUUGAGCCAAAACCAACUUUCUGGUCAAAUUCCUGAUGCAAUUGGAAAAUUACCUGUCCUUAGUCAACUUGAUUUGUCUGAAAAUGAAUUUUCAGGCAAAGUUCCAUCUCAACUUCCUAGGCUCACCAAUCUCAAUCUGUCAUCUAAUCAUUUGACAGGAAGGAUUCCAGGUGAAUUUCAAAAUUCAGUGUUUGCUACAAGUUUUUUGGCUAAUUCUGGCCUUUGUGCUGAUACACCAAUACUAAACAUCACUUUGUGCAAUUCUGGUAUUCAAAGUGAAAACAAAGGAUCAUCAUGGUCAAUUGGUUUGAUUAUAGGCCUUGUGGUAGUGGCAAUUUUAUUGGCUUUUUUGGCCAGUUUCUUGAUUAUCAAAGCUUUCAAGAAAAGAAAGCAUGAUUUGGAUAAUUCAUGGAAGCUUAUUUCCUUUCAGAGGCUCAGUUUCGAUGAAACAAGCAUUGUCUCAUCAAUGACAGAACAAAAUAUUAUUGGAAGUGGUGGAUAUGGCACGGUAUAUCGAGUUGAUGUCAAUGGUUUAGGCUAUGUUGCUGUGAAAAAGAUAUGGAAUAACAAAAAGUUAGACGACAAACUCAGGAGUUCGUUUUGCGCUGAAGUUAAAAUAUUGAGCAAUAUUCGUCAUAACAACAUUGUGAGACUGUUGUGUUGUAUCUCUAAUGACGAUUCUAUGCUUCUUGUCUAUGAGUAUCUUGAAAAACAUAGUCUAGAUAAGUGGCUGCGCACGAAGAGUAAGUCAUCGUCAUCAACUUUCUCGGGUUUAGUACAGCCACAUGUUGUUCUUGAUUGGCCAAAGAGGUUGAAAAUAGCUAUUGGAGCUGCUCAAGGUUUGAGCUACAUGCAUCAUGAUUGCUCACCACCUAUUAUUCAUAGAGAUGUUAAAACAAGCAACAUACUUUUGGAUGCUCAAUUCAAUGCAAAAGUUGCUGAUUUUGGACUUGCUAGGAUUUUAGUCAAGCCAGAUGAACUUAACACAAUGUCAUCUGUGAUUGGCUCAUUCGGCUACAUUGCUCCAGAAUAUGUUCAAACAACUAGAGUCACUGAAAAGAUUGAUGUGUUUAGCUUUGGAGUUGUCCUACUGGAACUAACAACUGGUAAAGAAGCUAACUAUGGAGAUCAAUACUCGUCUCUUUCAGAAUGGGCAUGGCGCCAAACUUUGUUAGGAAUCAAUGUAGAAGAAUUGCUAGACAAAGAUGUGAUGGAAGCUAGUUACUUGGAUGAAAUGUGCACAGUUUUCAAACUUGGUGUCAUGUGUACUGCAACAUUGCCUUCUAGUAGGCCUUCCAUGAAAGAAGUUGUGCAGAUAUUACUUAGCUUUGCAGAACCAUUAGCUUAUAGAGAGAAGAAAGUUGGUCACAACUAUGAUGCUGAUCCUCUUCUUAAGAAUUCAAAAAGUGACACUAGGUUGGAUGUUGAUGAUAUGUGACAAUUGGUCUAGUUCUUAGAAUUUGUGCUUUGGGCAUAACUCAUUGUUAAAAGCCAGUUUAAAAGUGUAGAAUUUGUGCUAUUAGAGAUAUAGGAAUGUAUAAAGUAGGAGUGAGUUUGUUACUAGGAUCUGUUUGAUUUGCAACUAAAAUACCAAAAAGUUAUUUUGAUAUUUUAGACAACUUGUAAUUCGUACAAAAAGUUGUCAUGUAGUUUAGUGAAGGACAAGACUUUCAGUUUUAGUCCAGUUCCUUGACCCCAAUUUGUCCGGUUCUAAGAACAGUUUUAAAAUCAAAUACUAUAUAAAAGCUUGAUGUAAUCAUUUAUACUAUUUUGCCUUCAUCAAUAUAAUAUAGUUCUACACUUUUCUCUUUUUCUUCC